AUUUGAAAAGUGACGCUUGAACUGUAAAUUACAGAAACAUAUUUUCUGUGAAUCUCCUGUUUGGGAUAUCGGUGAAAUAAGCAAGAAUUUUGGAACAAACCAACGAAUUUUAUCAGCGUUUGGAUUUUUGUGAAUAGUUCUUUUGUGUUUAGCCUUGAACAGAUAAAAAUGCCGAAGAAAAUGGGAACUAACAGCAAGGCUGUAGAAGCCCGAGAACGCAAAGCUGAAGCAAAGAAGGUUGCAACUGAAAAAGCAGCCAAAGUUGCGGAAGAUGCACUGUGGGCGGACGAUGAUAAGUUGCUGGCUAAAAAGAAGAAACAAAAGGAAGAUGAAGAGCGUAAACGUCUCGAGCAGGCAAGAAAAAAGGCGGAAGCAAAAGUGCUACUGGAGCAGGAAAUGAAUUCCAUAAAGACUGCCCCUAAGGUAUCUGUCCAAAAGAUUACCCGCGCCCAAAUAGAUGCCGAAGUAGUGAAACGUAACCGAGCUAUUGAGUCUGUGAAUAAUCCCCCGAAACCAACUGUUCCUAAGGAAGUGCCAAUUGAAGAGAACUAUAACCGACUUAUGGCCGAAACAGAAGUUGCUCAAUCUAUAGAUCAAGCUAUCGCCGUUCUUGCCGUCAAAGACGGUGAGGAUCGACACCCUGAAAAACGUAUGAAGGCUGCUUUUAAGGCUUACGAAGACGAGCAGUUACCUAUCAUGAAGCAGGAAUAUCCUUCUCUAAAAUUAUCUCAGCUCAAACAGAUGAUCUUCAAGGAAUGGCAGAAAUCGCCUGAAAACCCAAUGAAUCAAAAGGCGUAGAAAAAGGAUACAGUAGUUACCAUCUCGUACACAUCAGAUUGCAUGCUCUACCGAUAAAAUACGAAUAAAAGAGUUUACUCGUUCCGUAAGAACUGCACGGGAAAGUAAAGUAAACUCGUUUUAUUCAUAUUCAUGAGUGAAAACAAAAAUGUAUUCGGCUUUGUGCAACAUAUGAAGAAUUCUAUAGUCAAACAAUCGUGCUCGUAUCCAAAGAUUUAUCAAUAAAUAAAUCGCAAGUGUUGCACAACAAUAACAUUCUAAUUGAUUACUAAAUGCAAAUUAAAUGACAGAAAACGUAAUGU